AUGAAGAUUGCCAUCCUCACCUCGGGAGGCGACAGCGCCGGCAUGAACGCCGCAGUGCGAGCAAUUGUCAAGUGGGGUAUCCUCAAGGGAUGCGAGAUGUGGAUCGUCCGCGAGGGAUACGAAGGUCUUGUAAAUGGAAAUGAAGAUCGCGCAGAAAAGGUCGGACAGGAAGUAAACGCCAACGCCGUUGCGGCGGUCGACAAAGAACUCGCGCAAUCUAUAGAUAUCACUUCUCAUGAACCGGACAAAAACUUGUUGCACAAUCUCCGCUUUGGUGACGGUGAACUUCUGAGAGAUGGUACAAGCGAGUAUGUUGGCGGGCGGACGCUCAAGGGGAGGUACAUCGUCCGCGUUGGGUGGGACGAUGUGCGAGGCUGGUUUUCCGAGGGUGGAACUCUCAUUGGCACAGCUCGCUCGGCUGCAUUCAGAACCCCUGAAGGGCGCUUAGCGGCCGCAUACAAUCUCGUCAAAGAGGGAAUUGACGCGCUUGUCGUUUGUGGUGGUGACGGUUCUCUUACCGGAGCCGACCUGUUCAGGUCAGAAUGGCCAGACCUCAUUCAAACCCUUCACUCAGAAAAAAGAAUCACCGAUGCACAACUCAAGAAUCAUUCGCAUCUAAAACUUGUUGGACUCGUCGGUUCCAUCGAUAACGAUAUGGCUAUGACAGACCUCACCAUCGGCGCACCCACAGCUCUUCAACGCAUUUGCGAGGCUAUCGAUAAUAUCAACUCUACGGCGUAUAGUCAUUCGCGCGCCUUCGUCGUCGAAGUCAUGGGUCGUGAUUGUGGUUGGCUUGCUCUUAUGGCGGGUGUUGCCGGUGGCGCCGACUUUAUCUUCAUUCCCGAAAAGCCGCCGACAACGAUGCCUUGGGAGGACGCGAUGUGCGCAGAGAUCCACCGCCAUCGUUCCCUGGGCAAGCGCAAGACAAUUGUCAUUGUCGCGGAGGGGGCUCAUGAUAGGGAAUUGAACCCAAUUCGCGCAGAUUACAUCAAGGACAUUCUCACAGACCGCCUUGGACUUGAUACUCGUGUCACUACAUUGGGACACACCCAACGAGGUGGACGGCCAUGCGCUUUCGAUAGAAUUUUGCCCACAGUACAAGGUGUAGAGGCCGUCGAAGCGCUUCUGGAAGCGGAGCCGAGUACACCUACUUACAUGAUUGGAGUGCAAGAGAAUAAAAUCACCCGUGUGCCAUUGAUGGACGCAGUCUCCGCGACCAGGGCCAUUGGAAAAGCUUUGAAGGAUAAAGAGUUUGAUAAGGCGUUGUCCCUCCGUGGUCCUGAAUUCUUGGAAAUGUUGCAUGGCUUCCGAGGGUGUUCUUCGUAUAAUUCUGAGGCAGAAAAAUUACCAAAGGCCAAGAGGAUGCGUGUAGGCAUCAUUCAUAUGGGUGCGCCUGCAGGUGGGAUGAACGCUGCUACAAGGGCUGCAGUUCGCUAUUGCAUAAAACAAGGCCAUACCCCUCUUGCCGUCCACAAUGGUUUCCGUGGCUUGUUGGACGAUAAUGUUGAUGAAUUGUCGUGGCUCGGUGUUGAUGCUUGGGCAGCUCGUGGUGGUUCUGAAUUAGGAACCAACCGCGCCUUACCUUCAGUCGACAUGGGGGGAAUUGCAUCAAAAUUCCAAGAAUACGCCUUUGACGGCCUUCUCAUGAUUGGAGGAUUUGAGGCCUUCAAUGCAUUGUUAAUGCUGGAUGAUGCGCGCAAGCACUAUCCUGCAUUCCAUAUCCCAAUGGCGCAUUUGCCAGCUACUAUCAGCAAUAAUGUGCCUUUGACCGAACACAGUCUUGGAAGCGACACAAGUUUGAAUGCUCUUGUCGAUGCUUGUGAUGCUAUCAAACAGAGCGCCAGUGCAAGCAGAGAUCGAGUGUUCGUGGUAGAGACACAAGGAGGACAAUGCGGGUACAUUGCAACUAUGGGUGCCCUUGCUGUCGGAGCAAGUUUGGUUUACACUCCUGAGGGUGGUAUGACCCUCGAUAUGCUGAGAAGAGAUAUCCGAUUCUUGAAGAGAAGAUACAGCCUAGAUGUGCCAGGAAAGAGUGAAGGCCGUCUUGUCAUCCGGACCGAAGCAGCUUCAAAAGUGUACACGACCUCAGUACUAACCAAGAUGCUUAUUGAGGAAGGCGGCUCCCUAUUUGACGCGAGAUCAGCAUCUCUGGGGCACACACUGCAAGGCGGUGUACCUUCGCCUAUGGAUCGCGCACGCGCUGCACGCCUGUCGCUCCGGUGUAUGAAAUUCCUGGAAGAGCAUCAUGAAAUUCUGUCGCAAAAGCCACAUAAAUCUCGUCAAGCUGGUCCCAAUACAGCAGCAGUGAUAACUAUUCAGCAAAGUGAUAUCGCGUGGGUUCCUGCUCAGGAGAUGGUCAAGCACGCAGACAUGGCAAAUCGUCGGGGCAAAAAAAGUUGGUGGGGAAAUGCUACGGAUUUGGUUGAGCAGCUGGCAGGAAAGCCUCAGUUCCUGGGUCUGCCCAAGGAUUCAGUAGAAUUGUCUGGGAUAUGA